CCCAGUAAGUUAGGAGCCCUUAAAGCUUCGCCGACACAGCGGAGGAGAUGACAUGCGAGCUGACCGUGGUUGCUGGACGUCUUCAUCGGAUGCUCUCGCGCGGGGGAAGAAGACUGCACGGAAGCAACAACGUCUUUAAGCGUGAGGUCAAGGGCAGGAGCGAGGCGUCAGAGUCCGUGUUCAGGCGAGAGGUCAAGAUCCAGACAGGCAGCAAGAAGACCAGGGGGAAUCCAGGGAGACAAGACACACAGCUUGAACCCGGAGAGCGAAGAGGGACUGCGGGAACAGGACACAGGACAACACACUUUGAGCACAGAGACAUCUUCCACCGGACCGCCUGACACGCCUUUGUGAACCGAAGCAGCGCAGAGACGACAAGGAAGAUGAGCAACACCGACUACUGGGUGGUGGAUUAUGACAUGUCCUCUCCGGCCCCGCCCGGCUUCGCCAGGGCCCCGGCGGUCCUGCAGCCCAUGGCGGGACACCCUGACCAGGGCACAGCCUUGUGCUUCAUGGGCCUCCUGGUGCUGCUGCUGCUCUUCCUGAUGGUUCGCUGCGUGCGGAUCCUCUUAGACCCUUACAGCAGCAUGCCGGCCUCCUCCUGGACGGACCACAAGGAGGGUCUGGACAAAGGACACCUUGACUAUGCGCUGGUGUGAGGACCAAAGAGGACUACAUAUAGGUGUGCACGGAAGGUACGGUUCUGUCUUCGCCUCGUCACUCACCGAAAGCGUGACCGAAGAAUGCACUACAAGUCCCGAAGAAAGAGAUGAUGCGGUAUAAUCUGGUGGUGGUUUGAGCACACUGCAGCUCGUCCUGCAUAGUCCCAGCCCUUAAUGCUUCAGUCACACGCAGGAUUCUCACAGGAAUGAGGCCAAAAUACAACCUUACCUACUGUACAUCACACUCAGAGCUUGUUUUGUUUAUUUAUUUUUACCGAUGAUGUCACUUUUCAAACUCAAAAUGUUUAAUGUCUAACUGAAACAUUGUUUUUUUAUUUUUUUAUUAUAACUUAGAUCAGGGGUUCUUAGCCUUUUAGAACUCGGGGCCCAACUUUUCCACUAUAAAGGGGCCCACUCAAAUAUUAACACUGAAAAUUCAAUAAUGAUAUCUUAAUUACUUAUAGUUUACAACAUCGUCAAAUGAUAUGAAAUCCGGUGUUUCUUAUUCAACACUAAGUUAGUUUCUUAUUUAACUCAUUUCGAGGAUGUCGUUGUGGCUUGUGCAGCCCUUUGAGACACUCGUGAUUUAGGGCUACAUAAGUAAACUUUGAUUGAUUGAUUAAUUGAUUUAGAGUUUACCUUGAAUUGAUUAACAAAACAAGUUGAAAAACUUAUUCGGGUGUUGCCAUUUAGUGGUCAAUUGUACGGAAUAUGUACUAUAUUGUGCAAUCUACUAAUAAAAGUUUCAAUCAAUCAAUCAAAACAUGAACCUAAGGCAAAAUAAAUAAAUCAAAUAUAGUGCAAAAAAAAGGACUCAUAAAAAAUGAUGAAAAAUAAAUGCACAUAGAAUUAACCAGCGCUAAAAUACUUACAAUCUAAUAAUAUAUGUUUAUUUACUAAAAUGUCAAAUGAAAAUUUAGUCUUAAUUUUUGCACUUGAGAAAAAAUGUCUGAGUUUAGCUUCAGGCUUCUUCUGUUUGUAUGAUAACUAAAUAAGUUAGUUUCUUAUUUAACUUAUUUCGAGGAUGUCUUUGUGGCUUGUGCAGCCCUUUGAGACACUCAUGAUUUAGGGCUUUAUAAGUAAACAUCAAUUGAUUGAUUGAUUGAUUGAACACAUGAACAUAAGGCAAAAUAAAUCAAUCAAAAAUAGUGCAAAAAAAAGGACUCAUAAAAACUGAUGAAAAAUAAAUGCACAUAGAGUUAACCAGCGCUAAAAUACUUAAAAUCUAAUAAUAUAUGUUUAUUUACUAAAAUGUCAAAUGAAAAUUUAGUCGUAAUUUUUGCACUUGAGAAAAAUUCUCUGAGUUUAGCUUCAGGCUUCUUCUGUUUGUUUGAUAACUAAAUAAGUUAGUUUCUUAUUUAACUUAUUUCGAUUAUGUCGUUGUGGCUUGUACAGCCCUUUGAGACACUCGUGAUUUAGGGCUAUAUAAGUAAACAUCGAUUGAUUGAUUGAUUGAUUGAUUGAUUGAUUGAUUGAUUGAACACAUGAACAUAAGGCAAAAUAAAUCAAUCAAAUAUAGUGCAAAAGAAAAGACUCAUAAAAACUGAUGAAAAAUAAAUGCACAUAAAGUUAAGCAGCGCUAAAAUACAUCAAAUCUAAUAAUACAUGUUUAUUUACUAAAAUGUCAAAUUAAAAUUUAGUCUUAAUUUUUGCACUUGAGAAAAAUUGUCUGAGUUGACCUUCAGGCUUCUUCUGUUUGUUUGAUAACUAAAUAAGUUAGUUUCUUAUUUAACUUAUUUCGAUUAUGUCGUUGUGGCUUGUGCAGCCCUUUGAGACACUCGUGAUUUAGGGCUAUAUAAGUAAACAUCGAUUGAUUGAUUGAUUGAACACAUGAACCUAAGGCAAAAUAAAUCAAUCUAAUGUAGUGCAAAAGAAAGGACUCAUAAAAAAUGAUGAAAAAUAAAUGCACAUAAAGUUAAGCAGCGCUAAAAUACAUCAAAUCUAAUAAUACAUGUUUAUUUACUAAAAUGUCAAAUGACAAUUUAGUCGUAAUUUUUGCACUUGAGAAAAAUUCUCUGAGUUGAGCUUCAGGCUUCUUCUGUUUGUUUGAUAACUAAAUAAGUUAGUUUCUUAUUUAACUUAUUUCGAGGAUGUCUUUGUGGCUUGUGCAGCCCUUUGAGACACUCAUGAUUUAGGGCUUUAUAAGUAAACAUCGAUUGAUUGAUUGAUUGAUUGAUUGAUUGAUUGAUUGAACACAUGAACCUAAGGCAAAAUAAAUCAAUCAAAUAAAGUGUAAAAGAAAGGACUCAUAAAAAAUGAUGAUAAAUAAAUGCACAUAAAGUUAAGCAGCGCUAAAAUACAUCAAAUCUAAUAAUAUAUGUUUAUUUACUAAAAUGUCAAAUGAAAAUUUAGUCGUAAUUUUUGCACUUGAGAAAAAUUGUCUGAGUUUAGCUUCAGGCUUCUUCUGUUUGUAUGAUAACUAAAUACGUUAAUUUCUUAUUUAACUUAUUUCGAUUAUGUCGUGGCUUGUACAGCCCUUUGAGACACUCGUGAUUUAGGGCUAUAUAAGUAAACAUCGAUUGAUUGAUUGAUUGAUUGAACACAUGAACAUAAGGCAAAAUAAAUCAAUCAAAUAUAGUGCAAAAGAAAGGACUCAUAAAAACUGAUGAAAAAUAAAUGCACAUAAAGUUAAGCAGCGCUAAAAUACAUCAAAUCUAAUAACACAUGUUUAUUUACUAAAAUGUCAAAUUAAAAUUUAGUCGUAAUUUUUGCACUUGAGAAAAAUUCUCUGAGUUGAGCUUCAGGCUUCUUCUGUUUGAUAACUAAAUAAGUUAGUUUCCUAUUUAACUUGUUUCGAUUAUGUCGUUGUGGCUUGUGCAGCCCUUUGAGACACUCGUGAUUUAGGGCUAUAUAAGUAAACAUCGAUUGAUUGAUUGAUUGAUUGAUUGAACACAUGAACAUAAGGCAAAAUAAAUCCAUCAAAUAUAGUGCAAAAGAAAGGACUCAUAAAAACUGAUGAAAAAUAAAUGAACAUAUAGUUAAGCAGCGCUAAAAUACAUAAAAUCUAAAUAAUAUAUGUUUAUUUACUAAAAUGUCAUAUGAAAAUUUAGUCGUAAUUUUUGCACUUGAGAAAAAUUCUCUGAGUUGAGCUUCAGGCUUCUUCUGUUUGAUAACUAAAUAAGUUAGUUUCUUAUUUAACUUGUUUCGAUUAUGUCGUUGUGGCUUGUACAGCCCUUUGAGACACUCGUGAUUUCGGGCUAUAUAAGUAAACAUCGAUUGAUUGAUUGAUUGAAUACAUGAACCUAAGGCAAAAUAAAUCAAUCAAAUAUAGUGCAAAAGAAAGGAGUUUACCAUGAAUUGAUUAACGUGGACCCCGACUUAAACAAGUUGAAAAACUUAUUCGGGUGUUGCCAUUUAGUGGUCAAUUGUACGGAAUAUGUACUGUACUGUGCAAUCUACUAAUAAAAGUUUCAAUCAAUCAAUCAAAACAUGAACCUAAGGCAAAAUAAAUAAAUCAAAUAUAGUGCAAAAGAAAGGACUCAUAAAAACUGAUGAAAAAUAAAUGCGGCGUUAAAAUACUUAAAAUCUAAUAAUAUAUGUUUAUUUACUAAAAUGUCAAAUGAAAAUUUAGUCUUAAUUUCUGCAUUUGAGAAAAAUUGUCUUGAGUUUAGCUUCAGGCUUCUUCUGUUAUGUUUGAUAUAGUCAUUACUGCCACGAGUGGUGGAAAAGUGUAUUACACCUGAGUACGCCGGAAGCAGAUAUAUUUCGGCGGCCCUACUAUGGUUGAAAACCGCUGACAUCGACCAUGUUUGACUUGUCCAGGUGAUCCUCAGGUAAAAGUGUCAUUGACCAAAGCUUAGUGUAGUUUUCCUUUGUGCGACGUGUGUCCCUUUAAGAGGCCUGCAAUGCUCAUGUUGUAAAUAUAAGGCCUCAACAUUAGGUACACUUGCGCAAUGUUUAAGUAUGAGUCACGAUUUGAUGAUGGUUUCAUACUGAAAGCUGCUUCUGAUAUCAACAUGUUUUGGUCCGAGAUUAAGCAUAAAUGUGGCUAAAUGAACGAAAAAUAUCAGUGAUGCAGUCUGGAUGAGACCGAAGCGCUGUUCAUUAUCGCGGCCACUGAUUGGCUCAGCUCUUCCUAUAUUGGAUUAAAAGACUAAGGGUGUUAUUUCAUGUCUCGAGCAGUGUUUUUCAACCUUUUUUGAGGCAAGGCACAUUUUUUUUCAUUUCAAAAUACGGAGGCACACCACCAGCAGAAAACGUAAAAAAAAAAAUGAUACUCCACCAGGUCGUCGUGCCUUACUUUGAGUUUGUUGGUGUUUUCCUGUGCUUUAGUUCUUUUCUUGCGCUGUUAUUUUGGUGGCCCUUCCUGUUUUGUUGGUGUUUUCAUGUCUUCUGUUGCGUCUGACCAGUCUUCCUCUCCGGGAAUUAAAGUCACUGGUCAACCCCAAGUUCUUUCAGAUGACAUAUAUGUUGAGUAAGAAGGACCAUCAAGACAGAAUAGGAAUAUUAUCAAGUUUUACUAAAGCUUUAGGAGACCCGUCCUACAGUCCGUUAAUAGCGGCAUCUAGAAGCAAAACGGAAAGAGACAACUUAUUGAAUACGAAAACAGCCCCCACCCUGCCCAGAAAGGAAUACAGCCUCAUUGUUCUGAUACUGAUAAGGUAAAAAGGGAGUAUGCUAUACUCCCACAUUCCAACCCUUCAAGGUAAAGCACAGAGUUUACUUGCGUACAAGCAGAAAAGAGUACACAUGGGGAAAUAUUAGCUGCUUUAAACAUGACUAUGAAUAAAGAAAGAACUCUUAAAAAUAUAUGCAUUCUCCACACUUCCUUUGAGGAAGCUACCUGCUUUGUGUUAGCAAGCGAGGCUAUUUAAGUUGUUGCUGUCCUUCUUCGUGUGGACAUUGUUGAUUGUCAUGUCAUGUACGGAUGCACUUUGUGGACGCCGUAAGUUUUUGCUGUCGUCCAGCAUUCUGUUUCUGUUUACUUUGUAGUCAGUUUAGCUUUACUUUCGUUUUGCAUAGCCAUUUCCUUUUUCUAUCCCUUUCCCUUUUGUACAUUUUUGGUUUAAGCAUUACAUACUGUCAGGUUCAAACACCGAUGACAUCUAUUAAACAGACAAGAAGCAAGGAAUUGAACAGAGACAGAAUUCAAUUUAGCUCAUUGAGGAGAAACGUCCGGGCUGUACUCUUUGCACAGUCUUCCACCACGCUCUGACGAAAGAUCGUACGCCUCCUCUUUUAUUCGGACUUUCCCUGAUUACAUGGCAACAGCUGUUUCUAAAGGAAGGGGGGUCGUAAACAGCCGUCGCCUUUGGUUGCAAAACAGUUCAAAGAAAAGGUGCCUGGACGGGGGUCAGGUCCUGCUUCCUCUCCGCUUUGUAGAUCUCGGGUCAAGACCAAAUCUUCCUGUGGAUUACAAUAGCUCAAAGAAACCGACGCCUUCAUGUCGCUUCCCAUCCUACACAGUAGAGUUUUACAAGCCUUCUGCUUGGUAAGAUCAACGAAAGCUUUUGUCUGCUUGCCGGGAACUCAUUGUGAUAACUUAGAUACAAUUAUUCUGACACAUACCUUUUUACCUGCACGCUGCCUCCCGCUGUGCUCUGCAUGUUGGGAUCACAACAAAACGUCCUCGUCUCACCCCACACAUUCCGACUUUUACAAAGCAAUGAACUACCUGCUGACAUGGAGUAUUACGUGGUUGCCCUGUCGAGUUCUACACAGGACAGACACUAAGCAACGGCACAUUAUUAUGCAGAUUAUAAUUAUUGAUAUUUUUUGGACCAAUUAGGUGAAGUUGCAUAAUUUCCCACGGCCGCGGCACAGUGGUUGAAAAACACUGGUCUAGAGGACUCUCAUAAGGUUGAAAAACACAUUUAAAAAGUUUUUAAUGAAUGAUUCCUACUUUUGCGGAAAUGUCCGGAACCAAUUAAUUGAAUCCUGUUUGCCUUUCAGUCCUCAUUGAGUGCACCAGCUAUAUAUGUGCCUGUAGAAAGAUGUCACUGCUGCUUUUUGGCACUUGUUUUGUACGCCUUCCUCUUCUUCCCCUCUAAACUUCCUAUGCAAUGUGACCCUGACAGAUGUUUUUAUAAUUGAUGUAACAUCUGUCCAGCAUUAAAGUGCGUGACAAAA